AUGCCUCUGGUCUUCUCAUCUCUGCAUAAUCAAAUAAGCGACGUGUGCAAGAACAACUACAUGCGUGAGCUCUACAGAAAGAUAGACGGUGCUGUUGUGAUCUCGCAGCUCGAGAAAGACCUCGACUGCACGAUCACCUUCCAGACACAUAGCAUCUUGCAACGGUUCAUGCUCCGUUUCGAUCAACUGCAAUUGGACUGCAACGAUCAUCUUUACAUCUACGAUGGCGCGCACGCAGUCAGCAGUUACAAGGCAGACCUGUCCUGCCAGAAUACGAAGCAAACUGUGGGCGCGAUUUAUACGCGUACGAACUUCGUAACACUGAAAUACGUCACGGACUCCUGGGGCACCGUCUCGAACGGCUUCCGGCUUGUUAUCACCGCCGUCAAGGAUCCGAAGCACGCCUGCAAGGACUUCCGGUGCACCCAGAAGGAAUUCUGCAUCGAGACGGACCUCCUUUGUGACGGCGUGAAUCACUGCGGCGACGGCUCCGAUGAGGCUGCCUCCACCCUCUGUGCCAACUCCGAGGCAUCGACGAUCUUGGGCAUGCAAACGAUCUGGUUCGUGAUCUCGAUCGUUAUUCUGAUCAUGUGCGCGGCAGGUAUGGUCGUGUCGGCGAUCCUCUGCUUCUACAGGCAACGCGCCGCAACACCGAGACACCCGCAUAACGCGCACAACGCCCAGACUCAUCCUCCAGUCAGCUACCCAUCUGCCCUGAAUACUGUGCGGUGCUCAGGAUUUUGCCCUCGGGGCAGCACAGGGGCAUCAAGGGCAUUUCGCUCGCAAAUCACGAAUCUUCGGCUUCGCGGUGCUAAUGAUUCGAUUAUUGACAAUAACGACAAUACGUGUGCCCUAUGUCUAAGAUUGUGUCAGAGAAGGGAUUCUAAGCUCGCCCAAGUGGUACGUGCUGAUCGAGAGCGAAGUUUCCCUGUGACCGGCUGGCACGCGGACCGUUCGCUAGUUUCGUCCAGGCGGUCGAGUGAAGUCGACCCAAACGGCAGUAGCAGCAGUGACAAGUCUUCCCGCUGGAAGACCACUGGACCAGCCGGUAGAAUGAUGAAGAGUUCAACAGCGUGGACAGUGUUCUGCCUCUCCGUUCUGACCAUUCUUCUGCUGGUUCAGUUCAUCAUGGCAGCGCAGAACCAGCCGUUCGUCAUCAGCAACACACUCGGUCAAGGUACCUCGAAGGACUACUUCAUAGGACCGUGUCUGGUGAACGACAAUCAAACGUGUCCCGACAAAGAAGUGACGUUCUUUUUGUACACGAAGAGGAAUCAAAAGGACGGUCAGCAGGUUCUGGUGGACGAGACUGGCUCGAACCUAGGUCAGACGCAUUUCGUACCGUCGAAUCCGACGAAGAUCGUCGUGCACGGCUACGACUCCGACAUGGAGCUGUCCUACCUGGUGGACGUGCGAAAGGCCUACCUGGAGAUCUACGAUUACAACGUGAUAGCCGUGGACUGGCAUCGACUGGCCACCGCGCCGUGCUACCCUAUCGUUGUGAGAAACGUGCCACACGUGGGUGACUGUUUGGCCCAACUGGUGCAGAGGCUGAGAGACGCAGGCACGCAGGACAUACACGUGAUCGGGUUCAGUUUAGGCGCUCACGUACCUGCGUUCGCGGCGAACUCUCUGCGACCGUACAAGAUGACGAGGAUCACCGGUCUAGAUCCAGCUAUGCCGCUGUUCGUCACCGUGGACAAGGACCAGAAGUUGGACGCUGGAGACGCGAAUUUUGUGGAUGUGUUUCACACGAACGCGUUCAUCCAGGGCAAAGUGGAGAUGAGCGGGCACAUAGACUUUUACAUGAACGGCGGGAUCAAUCAGCCAGGCUGCUGGGAGACGUGGAAACCGUUCGAGUGUGAUCAUCAUAGAUCAGUGAUGUAUUUCGCGGAGUCGAUCAACAGUACCGUAGGAUUCUGGGGUUGGCAAUGCGGGGGAUUCGCGUCUUAUCUGUUGGGUCUGUGUCCGCCCAGGUAUCCAGCGGUUUUGGCUGGCGACAAGGUGGACCAGAGGAGGAGGGGCUUCUUUCUAGUGAAAACGAACGCUCAUAGUCCGUACGCGUUGGGAAAUUUCACCGUGAAUCGGAUGGACAUGUACGUGUAA